AAGGCCGCUCGAUUCCGAUCCGGAAAAUGAACAAACUAAACGCUCACAUUUCAGUUCCGUUUUAUAAUUGGAAAAUCGCGUAGAGUUUAAUUGAAAGCAAAACAAAAAAAAAACAGAGCAACCGAUGCAAAAAACAUCAACGAGUGAACAAGUGCACACACAAAACCGAUAAAAAGUUUAGAUAAACACAAAAAAAACCAAGAUAAUUCAUUAAAAAAAAUAAAAAGAGAGAGAACAAAUCAAUUCCGUCAUAGAGGCAAAGCGAAGACUGAACGGGAAGGGGAGAACAUUUCCAGCGGCACAAAGGGUGAAAAGUGGUGAUAGCCACAUAAUCCCCGCAAUGGAUAGUAUUACGACCAUGAAGACGGCCAUGGACAGGGCCGCCGAGCAGCUGAUACAGCAGUAUGCGAUUGAAUCGAUGUCGCAAGAGCAAGAGAAUCAGAGGCAAGAACUCCAGAGGCAACAACAACUACAGCAGCAGCAACAACAAGAACAAGAACAAGAACAUUUCAUAUUCCAAUAUCAGCUAUUAACGCCCACACAUAUGCCGCAAUUAGCUAGUAACUAUCAGCCACGACAUUCCACAAACACGUCGUCGUCGCCCUCAUCCACACAUUCGCUGGCCAGCGGUGGCGGUGGCGGUGGUAGUGGCGGAGGUAGUGGUGGCAGCACCAACUCCAACUCCAACUCCUACUCCAGCGGCAGCAGCAGCACCAGCACCAGCGGCAUCAGCAUCAGCAAUAGCAAUAUCACAGCAGCAUACUCAUCAGCCGUUCAUAGCUACCAUAAGAAGCUACAAGCUAAUCCCCAAUACAAUAUUCAACACCAUCAGAUGGAGCUGCAACAGUCGCCGCUGAGUGAGAAUGGUUCACCGAAUGCGACGCCAGGUGCCAAUACGCCCCCCGACACGACGGGGGCGACGUCAGUCACAGCCUUGGCGACAGCCACAGCCACAGCCCUAGCACUGGGCUCGGUAUCAGCUUCAGCAUCAGUUGCUGCCACAGCAGCGGCAUCCACAUCCCAGCAGCAAGCAUUGCCACUGGGCAACUAUAAGACUGCCUCCUGUUGGUGCUACGGUGAGUCAGUUUGUUCUGGAAUUGAGGUUGAAAUUGAAAAUAAUAACAAUAAUCAUAUUCAUCAUGGCGAGACAACGUAUCACAUGAAAAUACUGGUGCCCGCGGUGGCCUCUGGGGCCAUCAUCGGCAAAGGAGGCGAGACGAUCGCCUCCCUGCAGAAGGACACGGGUGCUAGAGUAAAGAUGUCCAAGUCGCAUGACUUCUAUCCAGGCACCACUGAACGCGUCUGCCUGAUCACUGGAUCCACGGAGGCCAUCAUGGUCGUGCUGGACUUUAUCAUGGACAAAAUCCGCGAGAAGCCCGACCUGACCACAAAGAUCAUCGAUGCCGAGUCGAAACAGACCCAGGAGCGGGACAAGCAGGUCAAGAUCCUGGUGCCCAACUCCACAGCCGGCAUGAUCAUCGGCAAGGGCGGUGCCUUCAUCAAACAGAUCAAGGAGGACAGCGGCUCCUACGUUCAGAUCUCGCAGAAGCCCAAGGAUGUCUCGCUGCAGGAGCGCUGCAUCACCAUCAUCGGCGACAAGGAGAACAACAAGAACGCCUGCAAGAUGAUCCUCUCGAAGAUCGUCGAGGACCCGCAGUCGGGCACCUGCCUGAAUGUCUCCUACGCGGACGUCAGCGGGCCGGUGGCCAACUUCAAUCCGACUGGCUCCCCGUACGCCACCAAUCAGAAUGCCAUCAACUCGAGCACCGCAUCGCUCAACUCGACGCUGGGCACCUCCAUCGGUGGCGCCAACUCGGCGGCCAGUCUGCUAGUCAACGGCACCGGCAUCAACUUGUCCAUCAACCUGGGCGCCCCCAAUCCGGCGCCCAACCUGGCGGUUGCCAACCAACUGCUCGAGCAUAUUAAGGUUGCCAUGCGCGGCUCUGGCUACUCGGAGACCGUCACCACUGAAGUCUGCAACGCCCUGGGCGUCCUGGCCAAGUACGGAGUCCUCGGCAUGGGCGUGGGCGUGCCCCACACCAACGGUGCUCACUCGACGCUGGGCAAUUUCCUGGGCGUGACGACGCUGGACCAGCAGACGGCGGCCGCCAAUGCGGCCAACGCCAGCAAUGUGUUUGGCGCUGUCGGCCAGGUGAAUCUGGAGCAGUAUGCCGCUGCAGCAGCGGCUGCCGCAGCCGCCAGCCGGCCGACACAGUCGCAGCUGGACGCCGCCGCGGUCCAAUUCGAUCCAUUCCGCCAUCUGGGCUCCGCCACGGCGCCGGCCACGCCCGUCUCGCUGAACAACAACAGUUUCGGGCUGACAGCCGCCACGGGAGCGGCGAACAGCGCCCAGCUGGGCGGCCUCAGCAAGAGCCCCACACCCGGCGACCUGAGUUCCAAGGACUCGAAGAACGUGGAGGUGCCCGAGAUGAUCAUCGGCGCAAUUCUAGGUCCGAACGGUCGUAGUUUAGUUGAGAUUCAACAUGUUUCUGGCGCAAAUGUGCAAAUUUCCAAAAAGGGCAUAUUCGCACCUGGCACUAGAAAUCGCAUUGUAACCAUUACUGGUCAGCCGAACGCCAUUGCCAAAGCGCAGUUUCUAAUUGAGCAGAAAAUCACCGAGGAGGAGACAAAGAGGGCGCGACAAAUUCCAUUAACCACUGUUGUGAAUUAAUAACCAAGUAAACCAAUCAAUCAAUCCCCCAAAACCAAUCAAACAA